AUGUUUUGUAUUAAAAAUAAUAUAAUUCCUCUAUUUUUUAAAAAAAGAUAUAUAGUUAAUAAAAUAAAAAAAAAUGAAUAUCAAGUUUUUGAGUUUACAUGUGUAAGAAAUUCUUUUUAUAUAAGAAAAAAUGAUACUAAUAUAUUUACGAAUUAUGGAUUAAAAUUAAGUUAUUGUAAUUAUAGUGAAAAAGAUAUAGAAAAUAAUUCACAUGUUAAUUAUAUAAUAAGAAAAACAAAAAUAAAUAAAAACUUAAAAAAUAUAAAAAAUAAAAAUAAGGGAAAAGUUAAUUUAAAUAAUAAUUGUAUUAAUAAUAAUUAUGCUGUUAAAGAUUUAAUAAAUAAUAAGAAAAAGAAUAUAAAUAACAAUUUUACAAAUAAUAAAGAAAAUAAUAUUAUUAGUAGUAGUUCUAUAAAUUGCACCACUGAUAUAAAUGUAGAAAGCAUCAUGGAUUUAAGCACAAAUAAUAGUGCUGAAAUAAAAUUAUCAGAAAGAAUAUGGAAGAAUAAUGAUGAAGAAAUUUCAAAAAAUGAAAACUUCGGAAUAGAAGAAAAUAAAAUAUUAUUAAAAUGCAAGGAAAAAAAAAAAAAAUACUUAUUUGAAGAAUUUUCUGUUUUUUCAUUUAACAUUUUAGCAAAUAGUUUAGUUGAUUAUAAAUAUGAUAACAAUUGUUCUAAAGUUAUGAAUUGGAUGAAUAGAAAAGAAUGGAUUUUUCAAAAUAUUAUAAAUAAAUUAUCAGAUAUAAUAUGUUUGCAAGAGGUGGAAAAUUCUUAUUUCAUUGAAUUACAGAGUAAAUUAAGAAACUUAAAUUACAAAGGAUUAUUUUUAAAAAAAAAAAAAGAAUCUUCUAAAGAUGGAAUUUGCAUUUUUUAUAAUACAAAAGUUUUUGAAUUAUUAUUUUUUGAUGAAAUUAUAUAUGAUAAAUCUCCUCUUUUAAAGAAAUGGCAUGUAGGUUUAAUAGUGGCCUUAAAAAAUAUAAAAUCAAAAAAAAUAGAAUAUUAUGAUGAGACAAAUAAUAAAAGUAAAAUUAAAGAUGGUAAAAAUAAUUCGAAUGAUAACAUAUCUAAUAUAAAUGAUAUUGUUAUUGUUUCUAAUACUCAUUUAAUUUUCGAUUCGUACAAAGGAGAUAUUAAAUUAUAUCAAUUGUGUUAUAUGACUUAUCGAUUAAUUCUUAUGAUGAAUAAAUGCAUCAAUUAUUUAGAAAUAAAAGAUAAAGAACAAAAUAGAAAUACUAAUAUUCUAAAACCUUGUAUUAUAUUUUGUGGUGAUUUCAAUAUAACACCUAAUAGUUUAUUGUAUUAUUUUAUAAUUAACAGAUAUCUAAAUUUAAAAAAUAUAAAUUUAAAAUUUUUAUCAGGUCAGUAUUUAAUGUUUAAAAAACAAUAUUAUUUCAAUAAUUAUUUAAAAGGAAUUCAAAUUAGAACAAUGUUUGAUAAAAGUAUAGUGGAAGAUUUAAAAUAUGAGCAAUGUAGCAAUUCAUUGGAAAAUAUGAAAAAAGAAUCAUUAUUUUUUUUUUUUAAAGAUAAAAAUAUAUUAAAUGAAGAAUAUUUAAUUAAAAUAUUUGCAAAAAAAAAUAAUUAUUUAAAUGAUUUUAAUUUUUUUGAGUAUUACGAUACAUUAAAAAAUAAAGAUAAGAAUGUACAUGAUAACAAAGAGAAAAACUUAUAUUUUAGAAAAGAAGACAAUAAGCAUUAUUACAAAGAUAAUCAAAUUUUUCUUAACAAAAAUGAAGAGAAAGAUAAUAAUAAAAAUGAAAAAGAUGAUGAAGAAAACUAUUUCGUACAAACAAAAGAAAAAUCUAAUCAUGAAAAAAAAAAAAACAGAAAUAUUGAUAAAGAAAAAGAAAUAAUAAGAAAUGAAAAAGAGGAUGAUUUUAUUUUAUAUUAUCCUUUAUAUUUAAAAAGCAUAUAUAAUAAAUGUAUAGAAAAUAGGGUAGAAAAAUCUUGUUAUAAAUAUGAUAGUAUUGAUAAAUUAAAUAAUAAAGAAAAUAACUUAAUUCUAAAUGAUAUUCCAUUUACUGUUUUUCAUGGAAAACAAAAAGGAUGUGUUGAUUAUAUAUUUUAUUCAUAUAAAACUCUUAAGAAUAUAUCAUGUACUAACUUACCUCCUUUUGAUAAACUUGCUAAAUAUGGAUGUUUGCCAAAUGAAAAAUAUUGUUCUUCAGAUCAUUUGUAUUUGCAUGCUACAUUAAUUAGAAGGAAUACUGAUUAA